AUGGAGGCGGCCAACGGGGCCGUGCCCAUGGGCGCGGUGGGGGACUCCCGAGGCAGCGCGGCCGCCCCGUCGGGUAAAAAGGAGGUGAAGGUCGUGAUCGUAGGGGACGGCGGCUGCGGGAAGACGUCGCUGCUGAUGGUGUACGCCAAGGGCUCCUUCCCUGAGCAAUACGCACCCUCCGUCUUCGAGAAAUACACAACCAGCGUUACGGUGGGCAAAAAGGAGGUCACCCUGAACCUGUACGACACUGCAGGGCAGGAGGACUACGACCGCCUGCGACCACUUUCUUACCAGAACACAAACGUUGUGUUGAUUUGUUACGAUGUCAUGAACCCCACUAGCUAUGAGAAUGUAGUAGCCAAGUGGUAUCCUGAGGUGAAUCACUUCUGCCGAGGUGUCCCAGUCGUACUGAUUGGCUGCAAGACAGACCUGAGGAAAGACAAAGAGCAGCUGCGUAAGCUCAAGGCUUCCAAGCAGGAGCCCAUUACUUACAACCAGGGUGAGGCAGCUUGUCGGCAGAUCAAUGCAGAAAUUUAUUUGGAGUGCUCAGCAAAGUGUCGUGAAAAUACAGAAAAUGUCUUUAAAGAAGCAACAGCCAUCGCCCUGAACGCCAUGAGGAAGGCCAAGCGCCAGAAGAAGCAGAGAGCAUGCUCCAUGCUAUGA